AUGGCAGAGUGGAAUUACAACAACAUGAAUCAUCUUAGUUUAAAUUUACCACCAAGUUUUCAACCUGAAAAUAGUUCUUCUGGAAGUUAUUUCAAUCAUCCUGUCAGUGCUCCUUUGAAUUUUGGCAAUCCAAGUCAAAUCAGAUAUAGCAAUUCUAAAUUUCAAUUCGGAAGUGAUUCAGCUCAUGAUAGCUUAACUUUGCCAACUUCAUCAAGUUCUUAUGAAAUGUCAUGGGAAAUCAACAAAACUGUAAAUCAACAUGUCGUGUUACCUAUGGUGACUGAACCGCAACAGCAGUGGCUGAACACGAUGAAUCAACGAAAACUGGAUCAGCACUUUCUCGAUAAUUUUAUUCAGGUCCGAAUCAUUCCACGGAAUUGUCUGCCGUCAGAUCAAAUGAACGAGUUCCGGGACUUGGUUAAAGAGGCUAAAAGACUGACUGACCGUUUGAAAGUAGCACAAGAAACAAGUAAAGUCUGCGAGAACCCCAACGAUUCCCAUGAAUUAGACCAAAUAAAAGAAAGGCUUGAAUUUGUCAAUGAACAAAUUGAGGAUCUUGCGACCUCAAAGGAAAUCAAAGAAAAAUUAACUAAGAGAAAGGAGAAAAGAGAAUGGCUGAAACGUAAAAAGGAAAGGCAGAAGAAAGAAGAAGAGGAAGCAUUAGUGCGGCGGGAAAAUUUACAUAGACUUAUUGAUGAUCAAACUGAAGCUAUCAGAAGAAAGGAAUUGAGCCGUAAAAAGAGUCUAGAAGCUAAACGAGAAACCGAUGUUAUAUUGGGAGAAGUUCGUCGCAAACGGAAUGACACCCAACGUAUCGGCCAGCUGCUACAGUCCUUGAGAGAUCUGCGCGUUUUGAGAGCACGUUCUCUGGAAUUAGGACGCGCUCUUUUUUCUAGGCAGGAAGACACAGACCACUUUAAUAGUACACUAGAUCAAUUAGAUGUUAUCAUAAAGAAGAAGUCUGCAGACUAUGAAGAGGAGGAAAAGACGUUGACAUCGAUGAUGAACGAUCAAAAUGAUUCAAAAAAAUCUGAAGGCGUAAUUCAAAAACUGUGGAACAAACGCACAGUAUGAAAUGACCAUCAGAGAUUAAUCAAUUUUUAAGCGCUUCCUUGAGUUCAGCUAAAAGCAUGGACCCAAUGAUCAUCUUCUCGCAAGAAACAGUCAAUUUGGGAUUGACCCCAACCAAGAUUGUGACUAAAACCAAUGAUUUGGAUGACAGCGUUUGUCCGGCGAAUCUAUGAAGAAGAAAAAAAAAAAAAAAUUUAAUCAUCAUUCGUUUAAACAAGGCAAAUCACAAGUUUACCUUAAAGUGUUUGGAUCGCUGGAAUUUAUGGAAGCCAUAUUAGUCGUGCGAAAUAUUUUAGUUGAGAUGUUCUUCAUAUCUUCUAAUUCCAAUGUGUUGGUAAUUGAAAAGCUGUGCUCAUUCAUCCCUUUGAGUUUUCCUAUUGAAUUAGUAAAUUUGUGCUCAUCUUGCUUGGACAUAUUCCCAAUAAUCCCAAAUAUACCUUGUUCAUUGAUAAAAACACCUUCAGUGCACGUAACAGGACGAAUCAGUUCACCAACAGAAGGUCUAAAAUUGAUUUUGAUAGGUCUUCCGCUAGCUACCAAAUCACAGCUGACAUUUUGAGUUGAAUCGCCAAAGUCUAUGCCAACUGUAACAAGUCUCGUGGCACCGACCGGAAGGGACGCCAAAGUCGUAAAUUCAUGCAUGGAAAUACCAACAGGCAUAUUCUGAGAUGAAGAGAUUCAUUAGUAAAACAAACUCUUGUCUGAAGUAAAACUCAAUAUACAGCUAAAAUGAUACAUAGUUUUCUUACUU